AUGCACGAGCUUUUCCCUGGACGUCGGCGUGAUGCCAACCCGAAAAGCAAACCAGAACCCACGAUAGCGAGUUCGACGACUGCUGAUCCACUCGAGCCGCAGCCCACACUGACAGAUGGCACUGCGAACAAUUCCUCCCAUCGAGGAAAUUACACGGGCAUGCCUACAACACGGCACUGCGCAGAGCUGGUCGUAUGCCGAAGCUCCAACGCACAACGGAGGACGCACGUUCGUGUGACACAGAUCCUCAUCGAUAACAUCCGAGACGGCACAUACGAUUUGACGUAUGACGCAUUACUGUGUCAACAGCUGCCCGGACCCGGUAAAGAAGCACAUGAUACUGCGGAGCAUGUACGACGGGACGUAUCGAGCGCAUUGGGCAAGUGUGAAUCUGGAGCCAACAAAGAACUUGGGGAAAUUCAAACGUACCUUGAAAAGUGUAAGAACCGACGGGCUAUCAUUCUGGGCAAGGAAAAGAUUGUUCUAGACCAGCUGAAAAAGACCGAAGAGAGGAUUCUCAAGGAGGGUCUCGCUGCGGGACAUACGCCGAGUGCUGGCCAAGCCAUGCACGCGCGUGACACUACUGCAAGCAAUGUAUCCCAGUACAACGGAACGUCGCAUGCUAGCACUGGCGCCGUUCCCCAGAGCGAGAGAUUUAGUGAGAGGAGACUUGAUCGACGCGCAAGUCAAUUCGGAAGUAGUUGUGAAGGGCAAGCCGAUGCCAAGUGGGGCCAGUUUCAGGAUUGCCAAGAAAACUUGAGAGACAGCAUGAUCAGGAUCAAGGACACACUGGACCAGCUCAUGACCCUACAAGAGACGAAGCUCGGCGUCGACUAUCCCCAAAGGCAGACUCGUAGUGUUGUUGAGCCACAGGGCGUGUCUUCCUUCGCUUUUAGCAGCAUUGCUGGAUCCAACUCGAGCGAUAUCAACUCACCUCACUUGCACGAAGCGAAUGUGGCCAAACGCGACGGCUCGCAUACCGACCGCCGCAUGGCUAACGCACAGGUCGUCAUAAGCUUUUGGGAAGAUUCCCACAAGGAAUACUAUGAAGACCUUCUUGACACAACUCAGCGGCUCAUCAAAAGAGGUUGGCAACUUUACGACGCGUUGGAGGCAGACGUCAAGAACAGGAAAGCGAUGACAGCCUCUACUGUCACCAUCACCCGGACCAUGCUAGCGAGUGUGAUCAAGAAGCCAGCCGCCGUUACGCAGUGCUCCAAAGACACUGUCACAGAAGUCAUCACCAGGACUGUACAGGGCAGCAGCCAUAUCGCAGAGACAUCUACCAAGGACGGCAACGCUCCGGUACCCAUACAGUCGAAAGUCCUUGGCACGCACUACCACAACAUGACCUCUUCGAUCAAACCAAGCAAGCCAACAGAUACACAACCGACUUCAGCAGAAGACCCAGAUACUGCAACUGCCCAUCAGGAGAAAGCCCAGGCGAAGGCAUCUUCUACCUCCUCUCCCAGUGUUGCUUCUCAAAACUCUACGAGGGCAGACCACACAGUCACGGUCGUGAGCGUCAGCGUCAGUACCCUCACACCAGCAUCCAUACGUCCAGAAUCAACAGAAGAUGCUGAAUCGACCUUCUUCACCCUGCUUCCAGAGCCGACAACUUCAAGCUUGAGCACGAGUCAGCAAACUGCACUCUCGACCUCCGCUCUGCCUCAAGCCACUUCGGCACCUUCCCUACCAGCUGAAGCAGCUCAGAGCAGUGGUGUACAGGCACCAAAGGCACACGUGAUCUCUUCUUCAAUGUACGGGACGGGAACUCUUCUCGUCUGGAUGGGCCCUGCCUCGACGUCAGCGUAA